AUGACUGACACUCCGAGGACCGAGAUGUCGCAGACGAGGUUCAGCACUCCGGUGUCUGAUCUCGAUGACCACCGCCGCCAGCCAGAGUCGCUUCCCCGAGUCGACGCUGGCUCCCCUGUCCAGCCACGUUCGCGCCGCCCAACCUUCGCGAGCGUUCAGUUCGAAGACCGACCGCAGCUGCUCCUUCAAGUCAACGAGGCCCUCCAAGGCGAGACAGUCCGCCGCGAUUUCGAAAAUGCCGUCGCCGACGACGACGCGCAUCUAUCGCCCGAGGCAUACAUCCGUCGAGGCUCGGUAGCUGCGAGUCCCAACACACGUGGUCGUCGCGGCACCUUUGUUCGCCCUCAAGACCCUGCCGUGGAGCGUCUAUCGCGGUCCCGUGCUACUUCGACCACUUCGCGCUCAACAUCGCCGCCCAACUCUGUCGAUGCAUUUGCAGGUCCCCGCCGUCGCGACCGCGCAAACACUGUCAACAGCCAUGUGCCCUCGGAGGUCGACCUUGGUCUUCACCGUACACACUCUCGCGGCACCGCACGCCAUGCACCGACAAUAGAUGGAGAUCAGCGUGAUGAAUACCACACGAUUGAGGUGUCGUCAGCGAACAGUUCUGCCGAGGAAGAUGUUUGCUUCCCGGUCACAGAAGAUCCGGGCAAGACCACACGCUUUGACUACGAAGAACUAGAGGAAUUCAUCGCCGAGCCACAGACCAAGACGCUUAUCGGCCAAGAGUUGCACAACAAGCCAAGUGUCGACACCCUCUCCAAACCCAAGGUUUUCUCGGACCUUCGACCAAAGUCAAGCAACACGACCGCCCCAAAGAAGGACUCGGACGCUGUGACUUUGAAAGAUGCCGACCCCGCGAUUCAGGAGAAGCUCGCCGAGGAAGGUCUGUCCCACAUUUUCAAUGAGAAGCGCGAUGCCAUUGAGCCACGACAGAACCGAUGGACCUUUUUCUCCUCGGAACUCGAUGACACCAUCCAUGCAGCGGAGCUUGGUGGUCUGCUCAUGCCUGGUGAGCGCUUCCGCGACUUGUUCGAGCCGCCUCCCGACGGUGGUGUUUGGUGGCUUGACAUGGUCAACCCUACGGAAGAGGAGGUCUUUGCAAUUGCGAAAGCCUUCGGUGUGCAUCCCCUUACACGCGAGGAUAUUUGUCUUUUGGAGCCACGUGAGAAGGUUGAGCUUUUCCACCAAUACUACUUCGUCUCUUUCCGGUCCUUCUUUCAAGCCGACAAGGACUCGGAGGACUACCUUGAGCCUGUCAACUUCUACGCUGUUGUCUUCAAGGAGGGUAUUCUAACAUUUACUUUCACCGAGAGCCCCCACACGCUCAACGUUCGCAAGCGUAUCAGCCGACUUCGCGACUACAUCAACCUGAACGCUGACUGGAUCUGCUACGCCCUCAUCGAUGACAUUGUUGACAGCUUCGCACCCGUCAUCCGCGGUAUUGAGGACGAAGCCGACGCUAUUGAGGACCAAGUCUUCACCGCACGCAUUGAAGACUCGCGCGCCAUUCUUCGCUCGGUCGGCGACUGUCGCAAACGUGUCAUGCAGCUGCUCCGACUCUUGGGCGGCAAGGCCGAUGUCAUCAAGGGCUUUGCGAAGCGUUGCAACGAGUCCUACAGUGUUGCGCCUCGUGGCGACGUGGGCAUGUACCUUAGCGAUAUCCAGGAUCACGUGGUUACCAUGAUGUCUAACUUGUCCCACUUCGAGAAGAUGCUGAGUCGCGCACAUUCCAACUACCUCGCCCAGAUCUCGGUAGACCAAGUCAUUCAGGGCAACGCUAGCAACGAGACGCUCCAGAAGGUCACGGUCAUUGCCACGAUCCUCGUCCCCCUCAACUUGAUCUGCGGUCUGUUCGGCAUGAACGUUCGUGUUCCUGGGCAGGACGGAAGCAUUGCUUGGUUCUUCGGAAUCUUGGGUACGAUUUUCCUUUUUGUUGCUGUUUGUUUGACUGUUGCGAAGAGGAUGCGUUUUAUUUGA